UGUCACAUGGGGGACAGAAGGAUGUUGAUGUUUUGACAGGAGCCUCCUGACUUGUUGUGGUUGUGGAAUCCCGUGUUUUAACCCCAGACAUGUUGAACUCACUGCGGGUGGUGUGCUCAGCCCGAGCCGCUGUGGUGAGGACUAGCCGGUUGUCUUCUGCACUUCUGGGACACAGUUUGUCCAGCAGCCUCCUCUCCAGAGGACACACAUGGUCCUGCAGCAUGGCCCCGUUAAAGGACAGAGGACUGAGCUACCACAAGAGUCCAUCUCAUUCACUGAGGAACUUCUGCACAGGUCAGGUCCAUCUGAACUGCUGGAGGUGUCAGCAGCCUCUGGACAAAACACCUGCUUUCUUCUGCCUGUCGUGUGAAGCGGUGCAGCCCCCAGAACAAGGGGUGUCCUACUUCGAGAUCAUGGCUUGUGACCACACUUUCACCCUGGACUCACACAAGCUGCAGAGAAGAUACCUGCAGCUCCAGAGGGCCCUGCAUCCAGACAACUUCGGCCAGAAGUCUGUGACGGAGCAGGAGUUUUCAGAAAGCCAAUCGGCCCUCGUGAACAAAGCAUACACGACUCUGCUUAAGCCUUUGAGUCGCGGCCUUUACAUGCUGGAGCUGCAGGGGAUGCGUAUAGAGGAGGGCACCGACUCCGAGGCUGAUACUGAGUUUCUGUUGGAGCUGAUGGAGAUCAAUGAAGCUGUUGAUGAGGCACAGACUCCAGAGGAAGCCAAUAAGAUCGGACAAGACACGAAAGGGAAACUGGCAGACUUGACAGAGCGGAUAGACGCUGCCCUUCGUGAAGCGGAGCUUCAGACUGCCAAAGCUCUUCUCGCCCAGAUGAAAUACCACGCAAACAUCGAAGAGAAAGUCAAGGAGAAACUUCGGGAUUUCAUGUAAUUUCCACCCUAUAGUAAACAUUAAUGUAUAUUUUUAGCCAAUUUUGUACAGAACGCACAGAUUAUUGUGUAAAGUGAUUAUCCAUGUUAAAUUAAAAAAGCUGUAUUGAAUAAUACACAACUGGA